AAAACUAAACUAAAAGAAACAGGAGCAGCUAUCCCCAGUAGUGUGGGAAUAGUAAGUCCAUCGUAGAUUUGCUAUUUACAAAUAGCCUAGCUGAGGAUGGCAUUUCUUGAUUGCCAAAUUGCCAUUUGAUAAAUUUGUUCACCUACAUGUUAGACUUAAUGAUUUAUUAUCUCAACUUUCCUUUAUCUGGAAUGAGGAUUAAAAACCGACAGAAAGUUCUGACUAAAAAACUAGUAAAAUCUAUUCCAUGAUUUUUAUUCACUGUAUAUGAUUCCUGUAAUACAUAGAUCUAGAAGUUUAAAUACAAAAUUAUUUAUUUAAAAGAAACAUUCUAACCUAAUUAGGCCCUGGCUAACGUCGUUAAAAACGAAAGUUCAAACUCAAACAAACGGCGGGUGAAAGUGGAAGUGGAAAUCAUAACAAGACACCAGUAUGGAACCCGAGGCUUCAGGGUCCAAAAAGCAUACAAGUAUCCUUGGCGAUGAGAUACAGCCUUUGCAAGAUGACUCACUGAAGCGAAAUGUGUCGAACAUGCAAGAAGGGAAGGCAGCCGAAAAGCCCUCUAAGAAGAGGCGAUCGAGCCUGUCGUCAAAACGGAGGUCCAUUACAGGAAAUGUGGAUCCCGAAUUUACGGCAAUUGAAAGCACAGAUUCUGCCUCAGGCGAAAGUCAGGAGAGUGCAGCGUCAGGGCAAAUGUCUCAGGAAAACGAGCCAGGGAAGCCAAAGCUGAAGCCAAAUCCGGCCAACGAGAAGAUGGAAAAGACCAUCGCCCAAAUGGAGUCUCAAAUGGAGAACCUCAACAAAGAGUGUCGCAGAUGGCAGGAGAUUCUGACAGAGAUGGAGCAUAGGGAGGAAGAAACCAGAGUGUUAGCCACCAAUCUGGUCCUCCCUGUUCAGGACGUCCCGGAGGACGUGAGGAACUACGGAAUGUCCAGGUACAUCACGCACCCGCCCCUUGACCUUCAGGCCAUCAGGAAAAAGACGCAAGACUUGAUCGCGGGAUGUCAGAUGGAUCGUGAGAUGUGUGUGCAGGACAUGAAACUGCUCCAGGAGACGGCUCUGAUGGUCCAGAGACAAAACCAGCGCAUGGCUCAGGAGCUGGUGGCAGGGGAAGAGCAGACAGACCUGGAUGGAGACCCGCAUGACGCGACGUCCACGUCUCAAAGCUCGCCGCCCAACACAGACACCAAACAGAUAAUCCUUGACCUUAUCAACAGCUCAUGACAUGGAAGGGUCUAAUGUACAGAGAUCUUUGUGUUCAUAAUUGAAUUAUGUUUUUAUAUA